AUGACUGAGUUACCCUCGGCAGUAGCCAAUUGGCUAUAUAAUGUAAUUCAACCUCAAUACACUAAUAAGCAAUUCACAUAUACUCAUGUAUACCAGUUUUUACAAGUUUACUUGAACAAAGGUUUCAAGAUCAGAACAAGUGUUUAUACUUCAGGUAAUACGGGUCAUUCGAAUUUAUUGAUUAAUCUAUUUGGAUCAAUAGAAGUUGGUCAGAAUUUAAAUGUGCCUGUGACAAUUUGGAUCCCUUUGAACUACCCUUACCACGCUUCAGGCCAUAGUUCUGAUGAUAUUGGAGUACCAAUAGUUUAUAUUACUCCCGAUAAUUCAAAAAACUGGUUUAUAAAACCCGGCAAUAAUGUUGAUACGCAAGGGAAGUUUUAUCACCCGUACCUCUCUAGCUGGUUCCGUGAGUAUAAUAAUCAGCCAUCACAAUACAAUUUACUUCGGUUGGUUAGCACCUUGCAUACUUCCUUUUUGAAAGAUGUGCCAAUUUUUCAUCAGGAGCCGCUAAGGUAUAUGUCACCUGUUCAUACUGGCCCGGACAACCAUAAAAUUCCCGAAAAACCGGCCAAAAUCCCUAUAAAUUCUCUGCCGGUGCCAUUGUCCCAUAAUUCACUCGAAGAGCCUAAUGCAUCACGGCAGAAUACUGGACCAUCUUUACCACCUAUCCCGCUAAAGUACCAAUCUCCAUUGCCAUUGCCGAAUGAAAGAAACGCUGCAGAUGCGCAGAGAGAUCGUGAAAUACGAGUACCAAUAGAAAAUGAAAAAAGAAACACCCACCAAAGCAAUUUGCUGAGUCAAGAAAGAAAUUAUAGAGUUAAUCCCGAUAAGACUAUUCAACCACACAGAUAUCAAACCAGACCACAAGAAAUUAAUACAGUAGAUUUAAUGGAUAAUGAUGAUAUAAGUGUUACGCAGAGUGUAACCAAUCAGACAUAUCAUGAGGCUCUAGAAGUGCUAUCAAGGAACAUAAAUGAGAAUUUAGUCGAAACUUCUAAAGACAAUAUUAAUAGCCUUCUUCCUGAUGUCAACACUAACUCGAAAAAGAUUGAUGCGUUAUAUCAACAAUUAAGUCAUCAUAAUCAACAAGCAUGCGCCAAUGGUGAAAAUUUGGAGAAUCAUAUAUCAUAUUUAACUAACCAAGUAUCAAGUUUAGCUAGCCUAAAUAAUGAGCUAAUUCAAUUAGAUGGAUUAAAUUCCCAACAAAGAAAUACGGUGUCAAUUAAUAGCAAGAGUAAUUUUGAAUUAGAUAACUUGGUUGUGCCUGAUCUGGCAUUGGUUAACCAAUUAUAUGAUGUUGCCAGUGAGAUCAAAGCGACGAAGGAUUCUAUAAGUUUGAUAAGUGGAAAUUUCCAAUCAGAAUCAGAAAUUAUAAACGAUAGCAGGAUGGAUGUAUGUGUGAAAGCGGUUAGAGGUUUGGGAAGAGAAUUAUUCUGGUUAGAGGUAAUGAAGCGUGAGAUUGCUGUGAAUUCUAUGGGUUUAUCUAGUUAA